UGGCGGUCACCACGCGGGCAGAUUACACAGAUUACAACCGAUUACAUUUGUACUCCUACACCGCUUGACGGUCGUUUCUUUUUCCGGGGAUACCGAGAGCCGCGCGCUCUCUCCCGCCUUAUCCCCACCGUGAGUCGCGCUUGGAGUUACGAGACUGACCGUCAUCUGGUGAACCGUCGUCGUCGCGCGAAGCUCUUGUCUCAUCGUCCGGUGUGAACGUAGAAGAAAUUCCGGAGUCGGCACUGAGAGACAGCCAGAAGUGGACGCAUCAUCUCUCGGACAACGUGCACAAGUGACGGUUCAGAGUAUCAUAUCGAGCGCGUGAAGGAAAUACGGGUUUGACAGCAACGACGACCGUCGCGCGACAGAUAGACUCUAUCUUACCUAAUCGUGUGGGAAUAUGUCUUUUAUCAUCACCGAGAUCUGUCCCUAAUGAUCUCAUUUGUUGACGCACGUAUAUAUAUGAUAUUUGACACUUGUAAUCUAGUGAUGAAGUUAUCGGAGUGCAGCAUUGUAGUAUGUACAUUAUAGCAUGUAUUAUCACAUCAUGAAGAGAUUAAAACGAGAAAACAAAGAAUCGAGGAGAAACUUGUAGGAAACGAGAUUACAAUGAGUAUAAUACGCUAAUACAGUAGCUAGACGUAUAUCAUGGAAGAGCUGUCAAACGUCAGAUCUGAUUGCUUGUUGUUCUUAUUAAACAGAAAUAUUGUCCAUACCAAAUUCUGUAAUCCACGUAUCAAUUUGAGACACAGUUCAAAUGUCCGUGUACAGAUUCGGUAAACAUUAUCCGAGAAGAGACCACAAAGUAUCGUGAAGAGAGAGCGGACAGAUUAGAAAAUCUAAAAAAAUUACUUGACUCGAACGUUCGAUCACAGGAUGCGACAGGUAUAAAAGUCAAGAGGUAGGGAAGAGUUGGAUCAUCAUGUUGAUAUCCUAAAAACACUCAUCUGACUUUAAUGGGGGAAUCCGCUCGUGUCUGCUGGGUCAUUCCGCGGCGAUGCGGCGGAUUCCAAGAAUAACGGAGCACGGGGCUUGCUGAACAGGCGGUAGAGGCUUGGAUGGGUCUCGUAUUAGUGUGUACCGGGAUUCAGGUUCAGAUGAAAAUCGCAAUGUGACUGAUCGUCGCCUCAAAGUGGAUCGUACUGAUCGAUUGUGUUGACCGCAUCGAUCGUUCAUUUAAUAGGCAUCUCCGCGAUAAAUUAAUGCAACAUCAUCAGCUUGUCAAGAUGCAAGACGCUAUUCCUUCAAAGUUCCCGUUAGACGUAACAGUGUAAUGGACGUUGCGAGCGGUUUAACAUGGAACUGAAGCAGCAAUCAAACGUCAUUCUUAUUUGCAUUUUUGGGUGACUGUCAAGUGACUGUAAUAACAUCGCGGAUCUUGGAGAUUUGUAAGAGACGUAUAAGAAGACCCGAUAGAGGAAGGCGCAUUCGGAUCGGGAUGAGUAACGGCGAAGGCGUGGUGACAGGACCGGGUUCCGGCAGCGAUCGCCUGUGCGAGGACGUUGACAUGGCCACACCGACGUCAGCGUCUUCAAACCUGAAGCCGCGAAGCGGCAAGAUCAGCUUCAGCGUCGACUCCCUGCUGAGCGGCACGAAGAAAAGUGCCAUCAGCAUCGGCGGCGGCGGUGGCGGCGGCACCUUCACGACCAGACGAGAUAACGACGAUAGAAUGGACGCCGAGAAAAGUCUCGAUAUAGAGACCAGAUAUCGGGAGCUGUUGAUAGAGCAACAGAGGAUUCAGAGCAGAGAAUUGCUCGCCAGGCUGAGUCCGCACAGACUCGCCAAUUUUGGCAAUCAUCAUCACCAUCACAACCCAAGCAGACUCGAGCAGGAUCACCCGCCCGCAUCUCGGCAGGAGAUGCUCACGGUAAAGGAUUUUUCUAGGACGAGCCACGACAAAUCGUCCUCGCCCAUCAGGAUAGAUCAAGAAAUCCCGAGAGACCGCGACGAUCACCGAUUGACGAGCAACUCGCCGAGCGGUAUCGGCGAAACUAUGCUUCAACGAGAACAGGAACAUAUUCAGGAAGAGGACGAGAGGAUCGACAGGAUCACCAAUCCGAGAUCUGUGUCGCCCGCAAGUAGACGGGAGAUGCUCGACGAUCGCAGCGACUCCGAGGCGAAUCGCUCGUUGGAAGGUGACCGGACGACGGAUCAUCUGGAUCUCGAGGACCACGAGAUCAGGAGCGUCGGCCAGUCCGAGGAUUUAAACGUAAUGGAUUCGGACUGCGAGCUGGAGAGGGAUCUGGACGCCGGCCAGGAGAAGGAGGAGAAGUCCAGCCCGGUAGUGCCUCAACCGAUUCACCCCGGAGUGCAAAGGCCGUCGCAAGGGCCGCCAUAUCUCGCCGGUGCACCCGGCGCUCCCGGCUGGAACCCCGCGGGAUUUCCGCAUUCUCUGGCGGGGUUCGCGUGGCUACCCCCACCCCCGCACCCGCACAAUCCUCACGGGCAUCUUUACACGCCGCACGGCGGACCCACUAGUCCGAACGGAGAUUUAAGAUUACCGGGACCUGGGCCAGGCCCGGUCAGAUGCACUCUCAGAAAACACAAACCGAAUCGAAAACCAAGAACGCCGUUCACGACGCAGCAGCUGUUAUCGCUCGAGAAAAAGUUUCGCGAGAAACAGUACCUGACGAUAGCCGAAAGAGCGGAGUUCUCGUCGUCCCUUCACCUCACGGAAACGCAGGUGAAGAUCUGGUUUCAGAACCGUAGAGCCAAGGCGAAGCGACUGCAGGAGGCGGAAAUAGAGAAGCUAAGACUAUCCGCGAGACCACUUUUGCACCCGAGUUUCGGCUCGGGGCUGAUGUUUUCCGGGGUUGGUCCGCCCGGUACCCCGGGGGUGCCUCCCUUCAUCGCCGCUGCCAUGGCCAGGCACACCCAUGCCGCGGCGGCGGCGGCCAUGUUUAUGGGACCGCCUGGACACCGACCUUAAUAACCAACACGCGUGUGAAUUUCGACAAGUCGUUCUCUGAUAUCGUCUUCGAACGAUCAAUCCGACAAUCUGUUCUUAUGACUAUGAACUCUCGAUGACGCAAGAUGAUCCCCUCCUCCUCCCCCCCGCCCGUGAGUUUGUUUCACAAGAAAACAGAAAGUUCCAAAGAUUACAGAUUUCGUUUAAACCGGAAAUUCGGAGGAAUCGCAACCGAAGGUGAACGUCUUAUCUCUUCAGAGAUUAUACGAGAUAAUCGAAAGUUCGAAGGCUCGAAGAUAAAUAUCGUUCCGGAGACCUGUAAACCUCAUAAAAAAAAAAAAAAAAAAAGAAACAAAUGUUGUAAUUUUCUCUCUGAGCGAUGAAACAAAAUUGUAUUGUCUAUCGGCACCGCCCGGGAAAGGCGCUCCAAGCUUUGAUCUCAAGAGAAAGCACAUGAGUGUACAUAGUGUAAAUAGAUAUGCGUUCGUACGGUAACUGUGGGUGUACGUAUGUAUAUAUACACACGUGUACAGGACGCUUCGAAUCGAAUGCCCUCGAAGAAGAGGAAUUUGCGAAGCAACAGCGAGAGCGCGUUCGAGAGAAAGGUUAGUUUAAAAACAAUUUUGGACCGCGCUGAACGCCUCCAGCAGGGGCAUUCGUUCCCGAGUUUUCGUUUUUAAAUAAAAGGACCGAGAUAAAGAAAGAGCAGCUGCGUGAAUAUAUGUGCGAGGUACGUUUGAACAAUUCCGAGUCUAAGAUCUGUGACAAAAAAAAAAAUCAAAGUUAAAACCGAGUACAGGUAUGAUGAUUUUUUUUUUUUACUAAACAGCUAAUUAUUGUUCUUCUGUUGAGAAAAUUUACAAUUUUUCAUUUUCUUGAUCUUUGAUCUCUCAAACUCGUUACAUUAUUUUCUAUGCACAUAACGAAAACCGGAGAGACAAUGUGCUUGUAAAUCCUUGUAUUAUCAUGUAUCGAUUGCAAAUCGAGAGAGAGAGAGAGAGAGAGAGACGGAAUCGUUCAUCGACAGUAAAAACUAACGUUACGAAUGUGAUGCGAGGUUUCUUAGACGUACCUCCAUGCGCCUUGUAUAAAUGUAAGAUGAUAAUUUAUCCAUGGAAGUAUAUAUUAUAUAAAUAUAUAAUAGCGAAAAAAUAAAAGUGAUUUCAGUAUUUA